CGAUCUGUCGAAAGAUUUUUAGAAUCACGUUGUUUGCUACCGUCGGACGCUUGAAUAGAUGAUUCGGAAGUAGCGACAACGGUGCGUAUCGGAAGACAUCUUAAAACUUUGAAUUUCGAUACAAAUACCUGUCUAUCAUCACCAGUUUUUGCAAUUAUCUUUGCCUUUGCCUUGCUUUCUGUGUCGACGGCGCUUACGAUCGCCACUCUCUCUCUCUCUCUCUCUCGCCGCUGUUUACAACAAGAAGAAUUAGCCAGCCGUCCGUUUUGCUUGUCUCGGAUCUCGCCAUCAAGGCUCUGCUUCACGGUCCUGUUCCCGCACGCUGUUUCUAGCGAAAUAACUGCCUUAGGCCAUUCGCAGUCGGCCGGUGGAAUCGGUAUGAUGAACUACACCAUCCAAAUGGGAAAUCCCAGCCAGGUCAGUCCCGCUUCCCAUCUCGGGGUCGAAGCCAUGGGUCUCUUGAAAGCACGCCUUCUCGUACAGCAACAGCAGCAGCAACAACAACAACAACUAUUGCAGAGCGCCCACGGUUCUGCAUUUGCCGCAGCUGCUGCUCGGCAUGCCAGUUUCGUACAGCACCAACAACAACAGAAACAGCAAAUAAAUCAAUUGAAUAAUCCGGCGGCCAUUGUUGCGGAACUGCAACGGAGAAGCCACUCGUUGCCAACCGCUGCGACAGCCGUUCUGACGGAAUUGCAACUUCGGAAAGCCCUUAUGGAAGGCUCGAACCCCAUUUUCGGCGCAAACCCAACACAAGAAAAUAUGCAGGAAUCCAACGAAGUAUCAACAAUGACCGCAGCAACUACCAACACUGCAUCGCCCACAAAUUCCAAAUCUCAAAAAUCACAGGACAAACACAGCGCAACUGCCUUUCAGUUCCCUUGGAAAUUGCACGACAUGUUGGAUCGAACCAAGGCAGAGGGCAACGAGAAUAUCGUAUCCUGGGUCGAGGGCGGAAAGGCCUUUCGCGUACAUGUGACAGAGGCAUUUGUGAAUGACAUCUUGCCCAGAUUCUUUAAGCAGACGAAAUACAAAAGCGUAAGUAUUCUUCGUUCUUCUUUCGGUGCCAGAGAGCGGUGGCGGUCGCCUAGUCCAGAGAAAAUCGUUGCGAAAAAUCUUGAAGUUCCAAAAGCUGACAUGUCGCAUUGUCAUUUUGUCUUUCUCUCUCUGUCUUUGUCUGGGCGCGGACUCGAAAACACAACAGUUCCAACGCCAGCUCAAUUUGUAUGGCUUCACCCGUCUCCACAAUGGACCAAACAAAGGCGGCUAUAAACACACGUAUUUCCAACAAGGACAGCGAUCCCUGUGCCAACUCAUAAACAGAAAUUCAUCUUCAACUCAAAACAGUAUUGGAGUUCUGUCGAAUACCAUUUCAGAAUCAGAAGCCAUCAGAGACGACGCUUUGAGCAAAUAUCGGAACAAGAAGAAUCACAGUAACGAUAUCAAUAUAAGUGACAGUUGCAAUCAGGAUAGCAAUGAUGCCGCUACGGGCGCAACAUCUAGUGCGCAGUUGAUUUCGCCAAGAAGUCAACCUAUUUUGUCGAACCAGGUUCCUUCUUUCACAAGGAUACAGGGACACGAUGCAGCGAUUCGAAUCAAACAAUUCCAAAACCAACAAAUACUUGCCGCCAAACAGAUGCAGCGGAAAGAAGAGGAGGAGCGAUUGAAACAGCGAUUGAAAGGAUACGAAGCUGAACGACAGCUUCUACAGCUGCAGCAAUCGCGAGAAGAUGAAGGGAAAACGUGUGCCACUGGUCUUUUCGACACAUCAACACUGAUGGGGAACGAUCCCCGAAUCCUAUCGCCAGGAGUGAACAGAGAGAGUUCUCUUCCCGCUAGUUGUACGGAGAGGGACGUUGCACCUACUAUUGAUAUCGAUGCGUUAGGUACCAAGGCUACACUCGAUACCAACAAUAAUGCCAGUGAUCGAAAUUUUCGAACAGAGGAAGAGUCUGACGACAAAAUCAAAGACGUAGCGGAUGCUUGUGUUUCUGUUUCGUCAGCUGCAUCUAUUCGAGAAAAUACCAACAAAUUGGGUUCCGAAAAACAGAAAAACUCUCUCGUGUUUCACUUUCCCUACAAACUCUACGAAAUGCUUCAAGAGGCCGAAGCGAACAACUUUGCUCAUACAAUCAGUUGGCUGCCAGGAACUUCUUGCUUCAAGGUCCACGAUACAGGUAACUUCGUGAAUAGAAUCAUGCCAUCCUAUUUCAAGCAAACCAAGCUCAAGAGUUUUCAGCGACAACUUAAUCUGUACGGUUUCAUACGAAUCAGUUCCGGGUUUUGCAAGGGUGGAUACUGCCAUCCAAACUUUAUCCGAGGACGAAAAGACCUUCUGAACGCGGUCCUUCGGAUGAAAAUCAAAGGCACCGGGAAAGCCAGAGGCAAAUAUCGCAGCAGUGCCUCUGCCAAUUCAAAACGAAGUGCCUCAUCUAUGGCAUCGUUAGCCCAAAACAAACUCCUUGUCGAUACCUGCAGAGGAAUAUCCACAACAUCCCUGAUGUGCGAUGUCCCGACCAGUCCUGGAGGAAACUCGGCAACAGAAUCUGGUAUCGACGUGAUCCUAGAAGCCAUCAAGACAAGGGAACGAAAAGACACGCACAACACCUCUAAUGUGCAGCCCAUAGAAGAUGAUUUACCCGGAAGCAGCAACAGCAGCAGGUGCACAGUACCAUCCACAAUAGAUGUAAAUAUCAAUGAUUCAGCGGAUGUUAGGAACGCGGAUGGAUUGAGUUGGAGAAUGGACCCAUCCGAAAGUUACAGUGACUGGACCAUCGAUGUUGUCUCAGACGAACGCGUUUCGUACCACGUUCAUCGCAGGGUGCUUGCAGUUGGCCCCAAAAAGUCAGACUACUUUGCGAAGAUCUUUAAAUCGAACAUUGAAGCGAAAAAUUCUACUAAUCGAAAUCAGCUUCAUUUGAGCAAGAGGGAGGCGGCUGUCUUUCCAAUGAUACUCGACUAUAUUUACGCCGACGUGGAGUUUGAUUUGGACACAGAAAAGGCAUUUGCGGUAAGUUCUUAGGGCGUGUUAAAUUGUUGUUGUCACCAGGUAGACCAUGAAGAAGCAGAGGCUGACUGACUCUUCUUUUGCCUUCGAAUUUAAAAUAACAGCUCUACAGUGUCGGCGAUAAAAUAGAGAAUGAAUCAAUCUUAAAAAGAGUGACCGACUAUUACGCAAAGGGCUGCAUGUCCAAAGUAAACAUUGUUGAUUUCAUCAGACUCGGGCAAAGUUUCGAUAAUACAAUACUUCUCGACAC